AUGAACAAUUACUAUGUCAACAUCAAGGUUGAUCGUGAAGAACGCCCGGACGUCGAUCGCCUUUACAUGAUGUUCCUUCAGGGCAUCUCUGGCGGAGGCGGAUGGCCCAUGUCUAUAUGGCUCACGCCAGAGCUACACCCAUUCUUUGCAGGAGCCGAUUUCGCUCAAUCCUCACCACUCUCGCAGAAGCGUGGGAAGAAGACCCGGAGCGCUGUCGGAAAUCUGGUCAGCAAGGCAUCGAAGCCCUCCAACAGACCACACAUCAUUCAUGUGCGCAACCUUGCCACGAAUGUUUUCGAACGCCUGCAAAAGCGCUUCGACUCGGCGAAUGGCGGGUUCGGCACUGCACCGAAGUUCCCUUCGAUCUCCCAAACAACUUAUUUCUUAUCGCGUUUUACCGCUUACCAUCUCGGAGAUGCCAACACUUCGCCGCAAGACUUGGACAAAGCAAAGGCGGCGCGAGACAUGGCACUGAAAACGAUGACCAAGAUCUAUAAUGGCGGCAUUCGAGACGUUGUAGGAGGAGGUUCUCUCGAUACUCUGUUGAUGCGCGAUGGCACGUUCCCCACUUCGAAAAGAUGCUUUACGAUCAGGGACACUCCUUUCUUCCGCCCUGAGCUCUAUCAGCUGCUCCCUUCCAGCUCGCAGGAACGCGUCACUUUGGGGUUGAUGGCGAAAGACAUCAUCUCUUACGUCGGAAAGGAUCUCACGAGCCCAGAAGGAGGUUCUACAGCGCUGAAGACGCGGACUCGCUGCCCACGCACGACAGCACCGUCAAGAAAGAGGGCGCAUCUACGUGUGGACCGCCCAGCAAUGGACGAGCUUCUUGGACCCGACGCCGAGCUGUUCAAGUACCACUUCGGUGUCGAGCAAGAUGGCAACUGCGACCCGCGUCACGAUAUCCAGGGCGAGUUGAAGGGACAGGCGGUCGACGAGACCGCGCAACAGUUCGGGAGGCUCGAGGAGGAGGCGCAAACAAUACUAGCCAGGAGUCUCGCAACCUUGCGCGACUUUCGCGACAAGAACCGUCCGCGUCCCCACCUCGACGACAAGGUCAUAUCGGGCCUAUCUCGGGCUUCCGAAGUUUUCUUCCACAAGGUCGAAGUGUCCAGGGAAGUCCUCAAGCUAGCGGAGAAUUCCGCCGCGUUUGUUCGGCGUAACCUCUACGAUGAGGCCAGCGGCACGCUCAGCCGAUCAUUCCGCGAAGGCAAAGGCCCAGUGGGACAAGCCGAUGACUACGCGUUCCUCAUCCAAGGGUUGCUCGAUCUCUAUGAAGCCGGCGGCAAAGAAGAGUAUGCACUGUGGGCCAUUCGUCUCCAAGCAAAGCAAGACGAGCUCUUCUACGAUCCCGAAGGCGGCGGGUACUUCGCGUCUGCGCCUGACGAACACAUUCUGAUCCGCAUGAAGGAUGCGCAAGACGGCGCCGAGCCCAGUGCGGCAUCGAUAACCCUUUCCAACCUCCAGCGUCUCUCGCACUUCGACGCGGAUAGCCACACGGCGUACAGCGAGAAGGCGCAGAGCAUCGUGAUCUCCAACGGACAGAUCCUCAAUAAAGCUCCCUUCGUGAGCUCCGCCAUGCUCUCGGCGGCGUUGAUGGCGGAUAAGGGCUAUAUGCAGUUCAUUCAUACGGGCUCUCCGCACGGCACACCCCUGCUGCAAACAGUCCGGACGACGUUCAUCCCGAACCGCGUUCUGAUCCACCUCGACCCCACCAAUCCACCUCGCGAGCUUGCGAAGGUGAACAGCGCUCUCCAGAGCCUCAUAGAAGGUUUAGACAAGGGGGAGGCGCCACCCCGCCCCGGGGUGCGCAUCUGCGAGAACUUCGCCUGUGGGUUGCCGAUCACGGAGGUGUCGGAGCUGAGCGCGAAGCUACCGCGGUACGAGUAG